GCCUAUGUUAGUCCUCGAUGAAUCAAGGCAGAUCAACAACUUCGCUUCGUAUUAGCCACACACUGUGACCAGCCUCGACAAAGAUGUCCCCUCCAAUUCAUUUCUUCGUCCCUUUGCUUGCCUUGGUCUCUUCGCCAGUGGCCACACGCCAAGUGCUUUUAGGGCCAGCCUUUGCCACUCCCUCGAACUUGGCCGCAGUGGAAUUGAUUCAGUCAACUGCUGCAAGUCUUGUGCAGUCAUUCGAGGAGGCUUUGACCCAGGGGACAAGCUCUUUCGGCAACUUUUCUGGCAAUGCCACAUCAUUGUCACUCACUGCGGCAUCGACCGACGAUGCCGGGCCAUUCUUUGACUUUCAUUUCUCCUCUCCGCAACUGAACACUUCAGCAGGGAGCCUCUCAGAGGUGACGGCCGAUUCGAUCUACAGGAUUGGCAGUAUUUCCAAGCUGUUCACUGUUUACGGUCUCCUUUUGGACUACGGCAUUGAGAACUGGGAUCGACCCGUCACGGAUUUCAUACCAGAGCUCCGCGUUGCAGAGUCCUCGUCCAAUGCCACUGCAGUCAACCAAGUCCAGUGGGAUAAAGUCACCAUUGACUCUCUAGCAUCUCAGCUAUCAGGGAUUGGAAGAGAUUAUAACAACGCCGAUUUGGCCAGUCAACCUUUCCCUUGGGAUGAGGCUGGGCUGCCGAUACUACCCCCAGAAGACAUCCCGACUUGCGCUGGUAAGGAAAGCCUGCCACCUUGUGACAGAGAUGAGUACUACCGCGGACUCAUCAAACGACACCCCGUAUUCGCCCCGUACACGACCCCCACGUACUCCAACGCCGGGUUCAGGAUUCUAGGAAAUGUCCUCGAGGCGGUCACGAAGAAAUCAUUUGCGACAGCCAUGUCGCAAAGUGUUUUCCAGCCCCUUGGCCUGAACCAUACGAGUGCAACCACACCGCAGGAUAAGGGCGUUGGCGUGAUUCCAGCAGGCGACUCUGGCUGGUCUCAGGCCUUGGGAGACGAAGUUCCCACCGGUGGUAUCUUUUCCUCAUCGCGAGAUCUGGUUGAAUUUGGGCGAGCUAUCUUGGGAAAUAAACAGCUCUCGUCCCUCGAAACACGGCGUUGGAUGAAACCACAUUCGCACACAUCGUCUCUCUCUGCCUCCGUAGGCGCCCCCUGGGAGAUAUACCGGACACGGAGCAACAUCACCAGCGGCAGAGUCAUCGAUCUCUACACCAAAUCCGGGAGCGUCGGACAGUACGGCUCGCUGCUGAUUCUCAUUCCCGACUUCCAAGUGUCGAUUUCCAUCCUGGCUGCUGGCCCCGAUGCCAACCACCUCAUCACCACCGCGGCAGAAAUGGUCCUACAAGCAUUCGUUCCUGUCUUGGAGCAAGUCAGCCGUGACCAGGCUUGCCGGGUGUUCUGCGGGAAGUACCACGGCCCCGCAAAUUCCUCCCUGGCUCUGUCUGUGGACGACGGCCCCGGUCUGCUAGUCAGCGACUGGAUCAGUUCCGGCGUCGACAUCAAGGCUUCGGGCCAGGCAUACUCGGACGCCACCAGCGGCGGACAAAUCAGGUCCAUCAGGCUGUACCCGACGGGCCUCCGGUCGCAGACGGGGGCGGCAUCGGGGUCAACCGCCCGUACCCUAGUCUCGUAUCGGGCCCUCUUCGAGGUCGUCGACCCCGACGCGGAUCCGGAUGUUCCGCGCAUCUUUGAUCCGAACGCGGGGCAGUGGAGUGAGGUAGACAACCUCGUCUACGGUACGGUCGCCGUGGAUGACUUUUUGUUCCAUCUAGAUCAGCAUGGAAACACCGUCGCCGUGGAACCACGUGUGGUUAGGCAAGUCCUUCGCAAGGCUUCUUGUCCCACGUAAUUAGAACGUUGCCACAAUGGUGGAAAGAUAGGCGGUGAAAGGAAUGACAGCAAGGAGGCAAGUAGAUAGAGUAGACACUUCCUCAGUUUGCUUCUCUAAUCAAAUAUAUUCUGCAUCCACAAAGUACUGU